AAAUGAUUUGUAUCUUGGCGAGGCAACUCGGAAAUUUGAGACUGUCGUUGCAGCCAUGGCAAUCAUAUCUUUUGAGCCUCACAAUAAUUUUUAGUUUUUGUUAUAGAAAUUAUAUAGCAAUUUAUAAUUUGUGGUAUUUGUUUAAAUUGAAUGAAAAAUUAUGGUUUUUUUGGUGACCACAUCCGAGACUCAAGAACACUGAAUUUGUGGGGAUGAAGUGGAACCAUUGAAUUUAAUCCGAACUCAAGAACACCUUGAUGCCAUUCUGUGGAAGAGGAAAACUGGACCUUCAUGCAAUUCUGUGGAAGAGAAAAACUUUAUCAGCAUUUUGUACAGCUAUAUUACUAAAGUUGAUGGGCCUUGACCCCAUUCUGUUCGGCCUCUUGUGAUUGUAUUAAAGUGUAGGGCCAUAUUUUAUGGAUUUGUGCCAUGUUUACCAAAACUGUUUCUGCCAUUGGAUUGAAAAAAAUGGAGGGAAAAUUGGAAUGAAAUUGUUGCAUUGAUUUCUCAUGGGCUUUUAUAUAUAUAUAGUAGAUGGUGCUCACUUUUCAUCCUCUCCUUCAUUCCUCGGUGGUCGCGGCUGGAUCCAAAGGCCAUACCCGAAUUAACCCCGCAAUGGCUGCCUUCGUUCCUCCCCCCGCCGCCACAACUCCACCGGCGGAUUCCAAGCCGGCGGUACCGGAAAAAGUCGACUAUAUGAACCUGCCUUGUCCCAUUCCGUAUGAGGAAAUCCACCGCGAAGCUUUUAUGUCGCUGAAGCCAGAUUUUUUCGAAGGCAUGCGCUUUGACUUUACAAAAGCACUUAACCAAAGAUUUUCACUCAGUCAUAGCAUGUUAAUGGGACCCACAGAAAUUCCUUCGCAGUCCACAGAGAUAAUAAAAAUUCCGAACUCUCAUUAUGAGUUUGGUGCAAACUUCAUAGACCCUAAGUUGUUUCUUAUCGGGAGGUUGAUGACAGAUGGUCGUCUUAAUGCUAGAGUGAAAUGUGAUUUGUCCGAUGCUUUUUCUUUGAAGGCCAAUGCUCAACUCUCAAAUGAGCCACAUAUGUCACAGGGAAUGCUCAAUUUUGACUAUAAGGGAAAUGAUUAUAGGGCCCAAUUUCAAUUGGGGAAUGGUGGAUUGCUUGGAGCCAGUUACAUCCAGAGUGUGACUCCGCAUUUAUCUUUGGGAGGCGAAGUGUUCUGGGCAGGACAACAUCACAAAUCAGGCAUCGGCUAUGCUGCUCGGUACAACACUGAUAAGAUGGUAGCAACAGGACAAGUUGCUAACACUGGACUCGUUGCAUUAAACUAUGUUCAAAAACUUUCUGAGAAGGUUUCUCUCGCAUCAGACUUUAUGUACAAUUACAUUGCUGGAGAGGUCACAGCAAGCGUUGGUUAUGAUUAUAUUCUUCGGCAGUGUCGUCUAAGGGGGAAGAUCGACAACAACGGAUGCAUUUCUUCUUUCUUGGAAGAGCGAUUGAACAUGGGUUUAAAUUUUAUUCUCUCCGCCGUGAUUGACCAUAAAAAGAAAGAUUACAAGUUUGGUUUUGGGCUUACAAUAGGAGAAUAGUUUAGCUUGUGAAAGACGAGGAGCGUCUUUUAGUCGUUGAUUCUUUCUUUCCCAUUUCCAUUAGAGAAUCAAAGCUGACAAGUUUUGUAUUCUUUGUUAGUUUGUUACACUCUAGCGCCCGAUGCUAAAGGUCAGUUCCCAUCUCUAAGUGACUGUCAUUUUUGGUGAAAUUAGGUGCCAGUUUUAAGCCAUGGUUUAUGGCAAUGUGAGUUA